UGAAUCUGAACAGCAAAGCAGAUCAUUUUGACCAGAGUUUGGUUGCUGAGAUUUUCUCCUCUUUUAUUUUUUGCCAAAUAACUUUUUUGUUUAAGAGUUUUCUCUAAACAAACAAAAAAGUAAAAGCAAAAUCAUCACACGCGUACAAGAUCUACAAACAAAAAAUGGAAGAUCUGAAGAACUUUCUGUCAGAGAACAAAGAAGGGGUGAAGAAGAUGAUGGACAUGCUUGAGACUGGAGCCAACAAGGCAGCCACCAUCAUUGGGGAUUUUUCCCCUAUUUUCUCAGUCGUUUCUCCCCUUGUCCAACUGGUUCUGAACGAUGUGGAGAGCACAGAGGCUGUUUUCAUGAGGGAGCAGUUUGAGAAGGUGGGGAAUCAUAUUGAAAAGGUUUCAGAGGAUAUAAAUCGCAUCAAUAAGGAGAUUCGGAAGAAGGCAGUAGAUAACAAAUUAUUCUCAGUUGAGGAAACAAUCACACAUCAGUUCAGAAAGUACAUGGAAUUUCUCAAAGAUAAUUCUGAAUAUAGAAAAAAUGCAUUCCUCGAGCACUAUAAAAAUAGUGGUGGUGAAGAACAAAUUGAGGAGCUUUACAAGAUUGUGGAAGGAAACUAUUUCCAUGGUGAACCUUUGCUUAAGGUCAUCCUGAGUUAUGAGGAGAGCAGCAGACGUCCAGUAGAAGAAUACUGCAACCAGUUGAGGUGUCUGUUCUGCAUGGGGAUCAUUGCUCUGUUGGGUCACGCUGCUUUGAUGAAGUCCGAUAAGCAAGAAAAGCUCGUAAAAAAGUGGAGCGAGACGAUGAGAGUUGUGCAGGAGAAGAUGAACGCUGUCAUCACAGAAUGCAUCGUUAGCUUCCCAAGACACGCUAAGACUGAUUGUCAACGACUGGUAAGAGACCAGAAGGAGGACCUAACCAACAAGCAGAGGGCUGAUGCCCUCAUAGAGAUGCUAAAGAAGAAGUACGACUGGGUGGGCUGGUCAGUUCGUGUUUACAAAUCUGGCUCUUCUUUCUUUUCAAUCAAAAAGAACUGUGAAUGUCCUACAGGAACGAGUCGCUUCCAGGUGACCACAACAGAUAAGAAACUCAAAAUCUGGGUGUCCUACAGCACCUCUCUUAAGCCAUUGAACGAGAACCUCAUCCAGCAGUUUAUCCAGAGUCAGAAGAAACCCACAGUGGAGAAUAUAGCUGAGUAUCUCUUUGAGAAACUACCAGGAGACUGGAUGGUUCAUACAGUCAACUCCUGCAAAGAUCUGGCCUGUUCCUGGAGCUUCACGGAUGAGUGUCUCUACUAUGAAAAGCGUAAAAACCUCCACGUCUGGGUUCACUCUUUUUAAAACUCAAAGCAAAAAAUUAGAAAUGUACCAACAAUGUCUGUUGUUUGAUCUCAACAGGAAAAAGCCUUAAAUUUCAGAUGAACAUCAGUUUCAUUCUUUGGAAUUAUUCUCCUCUAAGAGAAAGAUCAAACACACAUUACAGGUUUCCUGAAACUGACACAUUCCUUUAGGCGACAUGUCAGGACAUACGCUGGCAUGAACUGCCAUGUUUUCCGUGACAGUUGAGAUUAUUUUGUUUCAGUGUAAUAUGUCGGGAGGGGAGCGGGUUCUGGGACACAGACUCUUGGCGUUCUGCCAAAGAUAAAAGUUUCAUUUAACCCUGGAGCUUUCAAAAUGUUUUCGAUUCUCUAUUUUGCUGUAAAGUUCUAAAAUUGUUUUUCACUGAACUGUCACUUUAUUUUUUACUGGUUUUUGGGUUUGUUUGCUUUAAGAUGAUUUGGUCAGAUUAAUGGUUAUUAAUCGUUUGUCAUAAGAAUAUUGUUUAUUUUUUCCAGAUUCUGUUUUUAACGCAGGAACUGAAAUCAACACUAAACCAUAUUUGUUUGAGCAUAAUAGUUUGUUUUUUAGGAACAAACCUCCUGUUUGCAAUAAGUGUCUAUGAUUGUUGAUUAUUGAAAAUGAUUUAAAAUCAAAGAAGGUUCUGAACUUUAUUGGUUCUGUUCUUUUUUCUGUUGUUUUCUGCUAAAGAAUCAAACACGACUCUGCAAACAUCCAUUUUUUUUUUCAUAUUUUGCCUUAAUCUAUGCUCACAUUGACGCACACUUAAGAACACGUUUUUUUAUGUUGUGAUCAAAUUACUUGUCUUCAUUUCAUUGCCAAAGUAAAUAGGAACGUUUGUUUGUGGGUUUAGAUUAUUUUGUCAGGAUUCUGCUUUCAUGCAGGAACAGGAAGUUCCUGGUCUCGGUUCGUUUCCAAUCGGACUGAGCUUCUGUUCUGUCCAAGUUUCCUCAGUCUGAAUACUAUCCAUCCUUAGAGCAGAACAACCGUAACGUAUUCAGACUCCCUUUUAACCGGACAUUUCUGUUUCAUAUCAAAGCUUGUAAAAAAAUAAAUAAAAACAC